GCUCCUGCUCCGAGUUAUUGUUAAACACUGGUUUCUGUGUCAUGACUGUAGCCCCGAGUUGCGUUUUCAAACACGAGAAUGCGGCGUUACAGUCGUGCACUAAUGUUGUGCACGGUGUUUGCCGUGUUUUCCGGCUUCUAUGUUUACAGUAAACUGCUGAACUCGGACGCGUCGCUCGGAGGGAACCACGGACCGAAGAGGAGUUUCAUUCCGGCCGGAGCCAGCCGAGGGGCCGCGGACAAAACGGGGCCCAAAAACAUUCGCUGGUACAACAGGUACAUCAUGCGCCAGAGGGGUCAGGUGGAGGCUGGUGGUGGAGGUGGCAGCGUUCAGAGUGGACCCAAGCCUCCCAUGCACCUGGCCGUGGUGGCCUGCGGUGACCGGCUGAAGGAGACUCUCGUUAUGAUCAAGUCUGCUGUGCUCUUCAGCGUUAAACGCCUCGACUUGCACAUCUUUGCUGAAGAUCAGCUGCACGCCAGCUUCAUUGAGGCUUUGGAGUCGUGGCCUGGCUUUAUUCGCUCCCGGUUCAAGUACACAGUCUAUCCCAUCAGCUUCCCCAGUGAGAACGCGGCCGAGUGGAAGAAACUCUUCAAACCCUGUGCAUCUCAAAGACUCUUUUUACCUCUAAUCCUGAAGGACGUGGAUUCGAUCGUUUACGUGGAUUCAGACAUCCUGUUCCUGCAGCCCGUCGACCGCCUGUGGGCGUUCCUGUCUCGGUUUAAUUCCUCUCAGCUGGCGGCCAUGGCCCCCGAGCACGAGGAGCCCCGCAUCGCCUGGUACAACCGCUUCGCCCGCCACCCCUUCUACGGCAGGACGGGCAUCAACUCGGGCGUCAUGCUCAUGAACAUGACGAGGAUGAGGAGCGUGUUCUUUAAGAAUGACAUGACGUCUGUGGGGCUGCGUUGGGAGGAGCUGCUGAUGCCGUUACUGCAGAAAUACAAACUUAACAUAACCUGGGGCGACCAAGACCUUCUGAAUAUUAUUUUCCACCACAACCCAGAGACGUUGCUGGAGUUUCCGUGCCGGUGGAAUUAUCGCCCAGAUCACUGCAUCUACGGCAGCAACUGCGCCUCAGCCGAGGAGGACGGUGUUUACAUACUGCACGGAAACCGAGGAGUUUACCACGACCACAAGCAGCCGGCCUUCAGAGCCGUUUACGAGGCCAUACAAAAGUUCUCCUUCGGUACAGACCCAGUGACUUCUCUGUUGGAUCCUCUCGAAGAGGAACUGUUGAAGACGACACACACUUAUUGUGGUAAAUCCCACGCACUCUUCACAAAGAACCUGGCAAGCAGCCUGGCAAACGCCAACAGGAAGUCUCCCGGCGGACGGUGACAGAAUGAAAUCCAACAUUGGACAGAUGCCACGUUUAGGCGCUAAGAUAAGCAGCAGUGCUUACUGAGGCUAAAAACCUAAAUGUGGUGUUCUUGAACAGGAAGUUGAACUUUCCGUUAUUGAUUUUUUUGAAGCCGAGUUCUUUUUUGGUUGCUACCACUAUUUUUUUUAGUAAUUACACUGAAAAAACACCGACGUACCUCUUUCACGGUGGAAGUGUGGAGUUAGUGGACCUGCGUGUUGUGAAAACGUGAAUCGGUGACAGUUGGAGUGAACUGUUGCGUAUGUUGCUCUGGAUAAGAGCGUUAUGUAAAUACGUGAAAUCUACUGUAAAUGUAGCGUGAGCCAGUUGGAGCAAAAAAAAAAUAACAAUCCUUCACGGCCUUUGGCGACGUGAGUGUGAAGAUUGGAGAUAUCUGUAUUCAGAAGAGGAUUUCUUGACUUUCCAUAUUGGAGAAUUUAUUCAGCCUUUUGUAAAAAAAGGGACCAUAUCAGAACUGUUAAAAGGCUUUUUUUUGCUGGACCUGUUUUAUAUUUUUUUAAGGGACGCACUGGACCACUUUUGUAGCCUCCAAAAACCACUCUGUAGAGGAAAGUAAUCGAGUGGAAUGAGUGGCAAAAAAAAAGGAGGGUUUUCUUGUGGUACAAUGCAAAUUUUUUGCAGUCUCUUUUUAACGAUUGUGAUUCUGCAUAGUUGUUUAUUUGUUUUUUUUUGUAUCUUUUUCUCAUGUUUGAAUUUUUAAAAGGUAAAUGCAGAAAUGACAAAAGUUCUAUAACAGGCAGCAUAGCUGGAAUACAUUAGCAUCUAAAAUGCUUUUGCACAUAUGAAUAAGCUACAAGUUCCCUCUUGAUGCCAAAGUCUUUGUUUUAUUACUGUAAUUACGGGCACCGGUGAAUGUAUUUUGAAUGUUGUAAAUGUUACGAGUGUCAGUGGUGUGGGUGUUAAGCGAGGACGUCCAUUAUCACAUUUCUAUGUUGUUUACUUGUCAGUGCUGAAUUUUUAUACAUAUAUAUAAAAGAUCAUUUCAUUUAUGGUAGUAUUUUCUCCAGCAGUGUGUCCUGUCUAACCACUAGAGGGUAGCAUUUUUUCAUGUGACCGCUCGUCUUUCUCUUUUAUGUGACUGUUUUGAGGAAGGAAAAGUACUUGGAGGAACCAAUAAAUGUGGGCGUUUUGAAAUGCA